AUGGAGCAGCGACAAGAGCAUGCCGCAACGUUGGCGGCGUUCGGCACGAUUGGCAUAGCAGUAGCUGGUCUUGCUUUGGGUGCAGGUGAAGAGACACUGCUACUACGCCCCGGCAAGCGGAAGUCACCAGGCUCAGACGGCAUAUACACGUCUUCGCCCUCGCUACCGCCUCCCUCCAGACGGGUAGUGUCAGAUUCAGCAACACAGACACUCUCGACACCUACACCUGCCCUACCUCGACCCUUCUCGUCGUCCCUCUUCCGUCGAAAGAGCCCGAUCGAUCCAGAGAGGGCCUCAACGAGCACCAGCCAAAACACACAAUCACGUGCAAGCUCACAACAGAGAAUUGGUCUUCUGCACAGACGACCCUUCUCAGCCGUCGACGAGGACGAUGAGAGACCCCAGUCAUCGUGGAAACGCCGCCUGUCCACCAUGUCGUCACUGAACUACACGAGUCCUUCUUCGUCAACCCAUAAAUUGGAUCUGAGCUCGACCUCCAACUCGACUCCAGGUCAGCGAAGAUCCCUCAGCAGCAACAGACUGGUCAAGCGUGCUACAUCACAACGCCUCAUCUCGGCUGAUGGUUUGAAGGGAUCACUCUUCCGCCGUCCAGCCACUAGCCAUCAACGUUCGUCUUCAAUGAUGGCUUUGUCUGCCUCGAAUCCUGCUCCAACGCUACGUGACGCGUACUUGCAGCAAGAGGAGCAACAAGAUCAACGCCCAGAGUCGAGUGCUUCUAUAUUUCGACCGUUCUUCAGUAGCGGAUAUGCUAGGAAACGCUAUGGUUCAGCUGGUCCACAAUUUGCACCUAACACGGUAGCAACACCUUAUUCGCAGCAGGCAACUCUCGUUAGUCCUCGUGCAGUACAACGUCACAACACAGAUGCUGAUCAGACUGGAUUCGCUGACUCGUCCGCGACUGUCGCUCCACCGAAUCGCCAGAGAUUGAAACGAUCUUUGAGUUCGUUCCGCAGGACAGGACGAACGCGGUACUUCACAGAGCCUAGCAUCAGCUUGUCCAACCAGAACGCUCAUGGAUCGAUCAUACCUUCCACGCGGUCACCGCUCUCGCCAGUGUCGAGGUCAUCGACAUUCGACAUAGACCUCCCGCCCGGAACGCCUAUUUUUGCUUCCAGCCCUCCGCUUAUUCAGGCACCACGCGCCAACCCCUCAAUCAAUAAACGCGUAUCAGUCAUACACUCAGAGGUAAACACUGCCAGCUCUGACAAUGACACGCGGCUCUUCUCAGACGACGAUUCCAUGGACUUCCAGAGCGAUACAGCAUAUGACUCGCUGGCUACUCGUGCAACGGUCAGCAGUCAAUCUGGUUACCGCCAGCCUAAGAUCGAAACAAUUUUUGACGAAUCAAAUGAGCACGUCGAUGGUCAAGUCCACACUCUGGAAGCGCUCAUGCACCAGAGCACCCUUAAUGAUUCCUCAUCGAAGCCCUCACCUUGGCAAAGUCCCGUUGGAAUUGGCAUACAAGGCUGGGACGACGAUGACGAUCAGCCAAUGCGAGACGGGGAUCACCUGACGCUGACACCUGUGAAGGAGCACCCCUUUGGCAGCGUCGAAGAGCUGAAUGCUACACCGAUGCCACUUAGACGUGUCGUUCCUACCAUGAUCGGUUCUUCUCCGCCGGCGAGCGUGAUUCGACAUCCUCAUCAUACCUUGAAAACACCCAGUCUGGAGCAAGACAUAGACAUGGACAUCGAAGAUGAGGACUCGAUUGACUGGUCUCCCAAGUCCAACCACGAUGAGCCUAGAAGUCCCGUACUACCAUCGAACAGCCCAAUCGCCCGACGACAGGCUCGAUUGAUGGACAUCUCGGAGUCUGAGAGCAAACGUUCAUCGAUCUUCGACUGGUCAGAGAAUCAAGUCGCUGGUUCAGACAUCAUACCUCGUCCAAAAACAGUCCACGGCAAGCAUGCGAACGAACAGAAUCGGAGUCGUGCAUCUGGUCGUAAGGGUCCUAGUGCUGUUCACCUCCGAAGUCAAAGUGUGCCCGUCAAUCGUGACAACGGCAAUGAUCUUGACCUUCCCGCUGCGAAUGCCAAGUUCAACACGUGGGGUCUAGGUAAGAAAGGCGUGAGUGAAGAAUGGAGCGAUGAUUUCGAGUUCGAUGAUGUUGAUGAACCAGUUCCAUCGUUACCCGUCAGUACAGGCAACAACACACCAGGUCCACGAGAUUCGAUACGCAGUGUUAAAGUUCCACAAGCAAUUAUUGAUCGACAAGCUAGUGUACAUCAACAAUUCUCACAGGUGCAGGAGUUUAUGUCUCUAGUGGAGGAGCUGAAGAGGUUGCGAGCACAGGGAUUGGCUCUCGGCAUACUCGAAAGCCAGUCACCACAUCUAUGGAUUGAUGCUGAGAAUAUUAUCAACCUGGCCACUCUGAACGAUGAGGAUGAAGAGCCAUUUCAGCCGCACUCGCCAACAUCCUCAGAUAUCUUUGGCGAGGACGCCUCACCGAACGUUCGACGAAUCAGUGUGGAGGACAACAAGCGAGAUUCGCUAAAUGUUCGAUCGUUCUCUGGAAUUGCGACACCACCUAGUGCCACCCGUCCCAGAGGCGAGAGUCUGCUUCAAGCAAAGUCGUUUCUUCAGACAAUUCACCAAAAUCGAGGAGAUUCGGCAUCCGCCAACUCACCUUACGCUUCUCGGCGUGAUAAGCUACCAUUCAAUACUCAGGAUCUGCGGGAGCUUGUUGCAAAGACAGGCGUCAUCACGAGGGAUCUGAAAGAAGUGGUGCGGCGAGCAGAAGGGGUCAACGUCAGUCCGCAACGCACGCCUCAGCAGAGGCAACCCAAAUACGAUCCGACGCUAGGGCAGCUUUUCAAUCCUCCGAGCCAUUCAUCACCAUUGCCAAAUGGCAUGUCGAAGCCUGGCCUCCCUAAGAGCAGAAGUGCCAACAGCUACCUGAGUGAAGGCGUUGGUGGAGGUAACGAGAACACUCCGUUCAACAAGUUGACGAUGAUUGAGGUAUGA